AUGAUCCUCCCACGCCUCCUCUCCCUCUCACUCCGCGCCACCCAAUUCCUCACCUCCACGAUCGUCCUCGCUCUCGCCGCUACCAUUCUCUCCACCCGCCACACGUAUCCCUCCGAAGACGCCCUCUUCGCCCGCCUCAUUUACAUCCUGAUCAUUGCCGCCCUGUCCCUCGUCCUCAGCCUGCUCUGGAUCCUGCCGACGACCAACGCGAUCGUACACUGGGGCGCCGACUUGCUCCUCGCGGCCGCAUGGUUUGCGGUUUUUGGAAUACUGCAGGGCUGGUUUAGCGGUUGGUUGAGGUGUGGAGGUGGGUGGGCAGGUAAGUUCCAUGUCUUGUGUAGUCGGGAGGGCAAGUGGCUGAUUAAGCGCAGACAUGUGGCGGUGGGGUCCGGGGAAUAA